GUGAUACAAUGAUAACAAAGUCUCAGAUGACAAAAAUUAUGCUAUUUUUAUUGUAAACAAAUUCAUUUUAAAAUUUUUGCCACUUCGGAAUAAUCAGUUAAGGAUUUGCUUUGUAGAUUUUCGCAAAGUCCAACAUAUUGUGAAUCGAAACUUUGCCAGUUGACGACACUAAUCACUUGGUGUGGUAGUAGCGGCCUGAAGUGAGGGAACUAUUUUAAAACCGUUCUAUUCCUGUCGCAAACAACAGACAGCAUAUGUUUUAGCUGACAACUUUGUACACAUUCUUCCUACAACCGGCGAGCCGAGCGGUGGGCUUGACCAACACCUUGUACAGGUGAGCAGAAGAAGUUCUCAAGCAAAACUAGAAAUGAAGAAAGUAUUCCACAAACGGGGAUAUUUAAUUCACACGGAGAAGCCGUUUGCUUGUGUCCUACAAGCGCGCUAUAGAGGCGAACGAUGUGAUAAAUGUUUCAAACAAUCGAAGGUAUUGAAAUGCUCCAACUGCAUGUAUGUUCGAUACUGCAAUCGGUUUUGCCAGAAAGAGGCAUGGUCGGACCAUCAGGGUGAAUGUGCUAAGCUGAAAGCUAUUGCGCCAAAAGUAGUCCCAGAUGCUGCCCUGAUGUUAUCUCGCAUUAUAAGGAAGCUGCAGAAAGGAGGUGAUUUCGAGAAGGGUUACUACACCGCCAAAUACUAUCGGCGCUUCGGGGAUUUGAUGUCGCACGAAAAUGACAUAAAGGAGGAUGAAAAGCGAAUGGAACAUUUCCAAUCGCUAAUGGUGGUGUUACGGAGCUUAGUGGAUGAAGCCGCGAUGCCCAGCGCUGUCGAGUUGCUUCAAAUUUUCGGAAAGAUGUGUAUCAACAGCUUCAACAUUCUGGAUAACGAGAUGAACAGUAUCGGUACCGGGAUGUAUCUGGGCGCAUCGAUACUAGAUCACAGCUGUAGACCGAAUGCGGUGGCCACGUUUGUUGAGUCCAAUGUCCAAAUUCGCCUAUUGGAAGACUACAGUGGAAGUGAACUGGACUUUUCGAAAAUUUUCAUCUCCUACAUCGAUCUUUUAAAUCCAACCGACAUUCGUAGAGCUCGGUUGCGAUCACAGUACUACUUCGAAUGCGGAUGCGUACGCUGCCGUGAUGAGCAGGAGAUGAGUUUGAUGAACGCUGGCGCUUGUCCGAACGCGGACUGUGACGAACCAAUCCCAAUGGAUGACGAGGACUACUCAAAGUGUCUACGUUGUAACACUGCCAUUAAGCAUUUGGAACGCGAAAAGUUCAUAGAAAUUACAGGUUUCACAAAAAUGCGUCUUGCUGAAAUGAAUGAUAUUGCGUAUCUGGAUGUGUGUCAGCUUUGUCUUCAAAAACAGCAAAAUAUACUGCACUAUUAUAACGUGUGGUACCUUAAGACAUUGGAUCUUACUUUCGAGAGUGCGAUAAAUAUGGAUAAAUGGGAAGAAGCAAUCGGUUACGGGCUGCGUCUGAUAGAAGGUUUCAAGAAAUACAACGGUUCCUUCCAUCCAUUGUAUGGUCUGCUUCUACUGAAAAUUGCAAAGAUACAGCUUUAUAUGAAGCACGUGAAGCAAGCCCUGGCGAAUCUCAACAGCAGUGAAAAAAUUUUACGUGUAACACACGGCGAAGAACAUGACCUGUACAAAAAGCAAUUGGUUCCGCUUCUUUGCCAGGCAGCUAGCGAAUUUGAUAUGACCAAAUAAUUGUGAUGUAUAAGCUUGUAGCGAUGAAAUUUGAUGACUUAGAUAUAUUUGAAUAAACGCUCUUAUUAUUGUUUUCAAUUUUCCAUUCGAUAUAGAAAA